CAACACCUUCAUCCUGGUCCCUGCCACUCGCUUUCUCUCAUCCUUUUUCUUCAAUUCCCUCUUCUCUCUUCUUUAGUUUCUUCCCAAGCCUCCCCUUUUUAAUCCACCAUGUCUUUCAACGCGGUAUGUUGCUUCCUUCCCCUUUCUGGCCUUGUUGCUCUGAAGCCUAUCCACGACCACCCCCUCUUUCCCCCCCCAAACCCACCCCUCCAAUUGUCCCUAGGACCAUUUCAUUCUUUUCCUUCAUGUCUUCAGGCUCUUGGCCAGAGGGUGUCCAUGGUUAAUUUCCUGCUCUAAUCCCCAGAUGAAGCUCCGUCGCAAGAAAAAUGUCAAGAAGGGUAUCCAGUUCUGUCUGAUGGUCUGUGGUGCCAGCGGAACCGGACGUACCACCUUCGUCAACACUCUUUGUGGAAAGAAGGUCCUAGAAGGCAAGGACUCCGACGACCCUGCCAACGCUCACAUCGAGGAGGGUGUCCGCAUCAAGCCUGUCACAGUUGAGCUGGAAUUGGACGACGAAGGCACCCGCAUCUCCCUCACCAUCGUUGAUACCCCCGGGUUCGGAGACCAGAUUGACAACGAAGCAAGCUUCGGUGAGAUUGUCGGAUACCUGGAGCGCCAAUACGAUGACAUCCUUGCGGAGGAAUCACGAAUCAAGCGUAACCCCCGCUUCAGGGACAACCGUGUUCACGUGCUCCUCUACUUCAUCACACCGACCGGCCACGGACUGCGUGAGCUGGACAUCGAAUUGAUGAAGCGCCUUUCUCCCCGUGUCAACGUCAUUCCCGUUAUCGGCAAGGCCGACUCUCUCACCCCCGCCGAAUUGGCCGAAUCCAAGAAGCUGAUCAUGGAGGAUAUCGAGCACUACCGCAUUCCCGUUUACAACUUCCCUUACGAUAUCGAGGAGGACGAUGAGGAUACCGUUGAGGAGAAUGCUGAACUGCGUGGUCUGAUGCCAUUUGCCAUUGUUGGCUCGGAAGACUUCGUCGAGAUUGACGGCAAGAAAGUACGAGCCAGGCAAUAUCCUUGGGGUGUCGUGGAUGUUGAAAACCCCCGUCACUCGGAUUUCUUGGCUAUCCGCAGCGCUCUCCUCCAUAGCCAUCUGGCAGAUCUUAAGGAAAUUACUCACGAUUUCCUUUACGAAAACUACCGUACCGAGAAGCUCAGCAAGAGCGUCGACGGUGCUACUCCCCACAGUACACAAGACUCUUCGAUGAACCCAGAAGACCUAGCAUCUCAGUCUGUUAGACUGAAGGAGGAACAGCUUCGCCGCGAGGAGGAGAAACUCCGCGAGAUCGAACUGAAGGUGCAGCGCGAGAUCGCCGAGAAACGCCAGGAACUGCUGGCUCGUGAGAGUCAGCUGAGGGAGAUCGAGGCUCGCAUGGCGCGUGAGGCAAGCCAGAGCCAGGUUGAUAGCACCAACGGCGAUGCCUGA